AUGUUCAGUACACGUGUCUUUACAACUGCACGACCCAUAAUUACCCGAGCAUGGUCAGCGCAAACCAAACGAUUGGCACAUAAAACAAACGUCGUCCAACGCGAAUUGCCUCGUCCACAAACAAAAUCGCGUGUACCAUGGUAUAUUGGCGGUGCCGUGGUUGGUGGUCUUGUCUGGAUCGUAGGUCUAGGUGGUGCACUGAAUUACCAACGACUGUCGAGCAGUGUGGUGGCCGGCACCUUGUUUAUGGUUCGUUACGAUCCUCGCAUCAUUGACAUGUUGGGUGACAAGAUUGAUUAUGCAGACAAGUGGCCCUGGAUCACUGGCACUGUCAACCACUUUAAAGGUCAAGUGAGCAUUGCUUUUGACGUUGCUGGACAGAAUGGUGAACGGGGUCGAGUACGGUUUUCAUCUUUUCGCCGGGGUAACGAAUGGCGUACUGUCGAGUUUGUGGUGAUACGCGAGAGCGACGGUAAAUCGGUUGAUUUGGGCAACGAACUCGAACUUACGGAGACUGGCGCUCCAUCAACAUCAGUAGCAUUAUAA